AUGUAUCGUGGAUAUCGUGGUUUGUUGAAAAGCUACCACGGGAUCGGGUCACCUGCAGAGAGAUCACCACGGCGCGAGGUGGUGCUGGUGUUGGUAAAGAAGGAUGGGUUGGCACUGGAAUGGGCUGCUGACGGUCUGAGAGCUGAUCGUGAAGUGGUGCUGGCAGCUGUUCAAAAGGGAGCGUUUGCAUUGGAAUUUGCUGCCAACAGCUUGAAGAGAGAUCGUUCAUUCAUCCUGGCAGCUGUUUCAACAAAUGGCUAUGCCUUGGCGUGUGCACCGAAGUUCCAAGGAGAUCGACAGAUCGUUGAAACGGCGGUGCGUGAAGACGGCAGUGCUUUGGAAUAUGCCUCUGAUGAGUUACGCGGCAACAAGGACGUGGCGCUGCUGGCGGCCGCGUCGGAUUCGGCCUUGGAGCACGUGGCGCUCCAUCUGUGGAAGGACCGAAGCUUCGCCGCUGCGGUGCUCAGCAAAAACGACGCCGCCGUGGAGUUCCUGCUGCAGAACUCUGCCGAAACGCUCUGUGAUGAGAACUUCCUGUUGGAGGCCGUGGGGCGAAAUCCCAAUCUGCUGCCCCGACUCGAUGGCACUGCGACAGUGUCGUUGACCUCGGAGUUCCUGGUGCGGGCCCUGCGGCGCAACGCCCGGUGCUUCACGGCGUGCCUUCGCGCCACACACACCGUGCAUCGUCAGACGCAGGCAACGCCGGCAACGCCUGCACCGCCUGCGCCCUUCACUCGGGACAUUCUCAUCCGGGCCCUAAGUCUUGAGCUGCUGAACGAAUUGCACAGCAAUGCUCCAGAGCUUUUGGACAAAGACUUUGUGCGCUCAGCUGUGGAAGUGAUUCCUGAAGCAUUUUUGUAUGCAGACUCGGACUUCAGGAGAGAUGCCGAACUGGUGAAAGCUUUGUCAUGCAGAAGAGCUUCGAGCUUGCAAUAUGCAGAUGCAGAGCUGCGAAGUAACCAGAAGUUCCUGCUAUCUCUGAUCGAACUCAACGCUGCAUGUUUGAAAUUCUGUUCUCAGGACCUAGUUCUGUCCACAGACUUCAAUCUGAAAGCACUCCAAGUGAACAGUGGGGCUCGAGAUCAUGUGGACUCCAUGCUAUGGAAGGACAGGUCCUUUGUAUUGAAAGUGUUGGGAUGUUCAGAGAUUUCAACCAACACUGCUCUUGAGAAGGUGGCCGCAGAGCACCCAGAGCUCCUGGCAGAUUACGACUUUGCCUUCCAAGUUGUUGAGAUGCGAGGAUCGUCUCUGGCAUUUCUGGGUGAAUUUUCUGGAGAUAAGAACUUGGUCUCCGCAGCGCUGGAAGACGACCCCAAGGCGCUAGCUUGGGCCUCGCCGGCCUUGCGGGAGGAUCACCGGUUGGUGCUUUCUGCGUUGCGGAAGGACGGCUCGGUUCUGCAUGAUGCUGGGCCCAGCAUCAAAGACAACGUGGCCAUGGUGUUGGAAGCCACGAAGUCUGUUCCGUCUUCGUUCCAGUUUGCAUCUGAACGGAUUCGAAAAGAUCAGGACGUGGUGUGGCAGGCUCUGAAGCUCUCGCCCCAAGUUCUCGCUUUUUCUCUGCUGGCGGCUGAUGGCAACUUCGUUUUGAGUGCCUCUAUCCAUUUUGAAGCUGCAGUUCAAUAUGCCGAAGAGGUGCUGCUGAUGAAUUUGGGCUUCUGCUUGUCCUGCGUGGCGCAGAACGCCGCGGUGCUCAGCUUUUUGCCCAACGAACUGCGGGCCUCGGCGUCCUUCGUGGAGGCUGCGGUGAGAGCCAACAGCCAAGCCUUGUACUUUGCACCCCGACAUCUUCAGUCAGAUCCUGCCCUGAUCCGAUUGAGCACUGGCAGUGGUGGCAGUAGUGGCAGUGGCUUGGCCUAUCCAUCCUCAUUGUGUCGUGAUGCACAGACGCUUCAGCAGCAUGGGGUGCCACUUGAGCGACUCGGUCGAUCCGGAUCUGUUCAUGCCGUAGCUGCCGGGAAUCGAAUCCUUUCUGACUGGGAACGUUUGGAACGACUUUCCGUCAAAGCUCUUCAGGAGGAAUGCUCCAUGCGUGGUUUGUACGGAAAGGAGUGCUUGGAGUGGUACGGCGUCGAUUUCCUGAUCCUGCGUUUGAAGAGGCUUGUGCUUUUGCAGGAGCUGCCGCUUCAGGAACUCCGCUCCGCGGCCAAAGUGGACAGCGCCGCAAGCAGCUCGGCUGCCACUGCCUUGAAAGUCGGGGCGUCGGUGCUGGUGGUGGAAGACUUCUUCAGCGUGGGCAACGUGAAGCUGAAGCGAGGACUCGUUGGGAAGGUUACGAUGAUCGACAAGAUGGAUGCCAAGAUCGAUUUCAGAGAGCAAAACACCAGCGCUGGAACAUUUGCAUCUCAAUGGGUCUAUCAAAAGGAUUUCAUCAAGUUGAAGGUGGAGGAAGAUGAGGAGGAACAAAGCAUGUUGCUGAACGAGCUCAUGAUCGACCUGUUCGCAGGCGUCUAUGAAAGGAAAGGUGUUCCCGUGAGAAGUUUGCAAAGUUUCCCAGCCGCCAGCGCAGUGCUCGAACGAUGGGAAAGUCUGGCCCAACUGCAAGACGAUCAGAUGUGGAAAGAGUUUUCUGAAAGUUUCGGAAUUGAGCCAGGUGGCCUGCGCCGGGAUGCCCAGGAGGCGGCUCUGCGGAGCGCCGCGCUGUGGCGCGAGAUGCCUCUGCAGCAGCUGCUGAAGGAGUGUGAGAAGCACGCCGUGAGGUUGCCCUGGGAGAUGAAUCGACUCCCGGGACAGCUCCGAGCAGAUCUGCAAGAUCGACUACUCGGCAGCCUUUGCAAGGACCUCUAUAAGGCAGAAGGUUUGGACUUGCAAGUUUUGGGUCUUCACGCGGCUACCGCUCUCCUCCGCGAAUGGAGGACCUUAGACAAGUUGUCCGGGCCUGAGCUGAGUGUGCGUUACGCGGCCCUGCAGCUACCACCCAGCAGCAUCAGUGAGAAGGAGCAGCGUGAACGCUUGAAGAAAGUGGCCUUUUGGAAGGCGCUGCCCUUCACGGCCUUGCGAGAGCAUUGCUGGAGCAUCGGCAUGCGAUCCGCCUAUUUCAACUCGACAGACUCCGGCAAGGAGAAGUUGGUCCGUGAAGCGGUUUGGCAUCAGUUUGCCAAUGGGCACAAGUCUCCUUGGAGCGAUGAGCCGCAAGCGCCCCCGCCCAAACCGGACAGACCCAAGGAGCCUUCGGCAUCUUCCACCUUUGGAGGCCCCAACUGUCCAUUUCAGUACCUGCCGCCGUUGCGACCACUGGUACCUUCACACAUCCGAAGCUGCUUACAGCGUUUGUUGCUGCCGACUGAUGCAAGCGUCGGCGAUGUGAAGAAAGCGUAUCGAAAACUGGCCUUGAAGUACCACCCCGACAAGAACAACAAGGAUGAAAAUAUGGAGAAGAUUGCAGCGCAGCACUUCAUGGAGAUCCGGUCUGCAUAUGACGCGUUGUUGGCAUACUUCGAUGAAGUGGGAUGACUCGGGAUGAGGAUCUAUGAUGUCAGGGCGCUGUUGACCAGGGUGGCUGCGAUAUGCUGCGAUGCUGGUAAUUACAUGUAACGGCAAGCCUUGGCUGAGCAUGGCUGCGCUGAGAACCAAUGACACCUGACGAAUCAACCGAUCAUCGAAUCAUAUCGAAUCACUUGGAGAAGUUCAACUGAGUUCCAUGGCAAUCCACGGCAAUCCACGGCAUUUGGCGAAUGCAGAGUGGACAGUCUGGAGUUGGACAUAGUUGGACUGAUGGAGCUUUGGAGUGAGAAGUCAGUCAAAGUCACAACAUGCUGCGCAGGCGCAGAGUGAAGUCUGCCAGGUCCAGAGUUUCAGUCGGCCUCAAGGCUCCUUCGUGCAGACUGCAGAACAGUCUUCGUACAGUCUUCGUAGAAUCCACCCUCCGAGGUGAAAAA